AUGGAUAUCAAACUGGCAUGUAGUCAUGAACAUACCUUUUCCUACUACAUUCUAAUUCCCGAACUUAGUGGGAAACAUUACUUUUGUGAUGUGUGUGGAAAGGAAAUCUCAGAUGAGGGCUAUACUUGUCGAAGGUGCGAGGCUUGGCGGCUGCACGAAUCAUGUGCAAGUGAACUGCGUCAUCUGCCUCAAGAGAUUGUUCACCCUCUCCACUCGCAGCACCAUCUUAAGCUACAAUUGGAGCGUCCUCUGGAUUUCAUUUGUGAAAAAUGCUUGUAUAUUUCUGCCGGCUCCAGAUACAAGUGCUCUUCAUGCGAUUUUAUUCUUGAUUUAACAUGCGCUUCUUCAGCUAAUGAUUCAUUACCUAAAGAGGAGUGGCAGAGGCUUAAAGACGGUAAGAAAAAGGAAAUUCAGCAUUACAGCCACUAUGAAAAGCUGAGCAUCUUUAAAUAUAGGAAGAUAAAAGAAGAUGACUAUAACUGUAGUUGGUGUGAAAAGCGUCUAUCGGAAAUGUGCUAUGGCUGUUUAAGAUGUGAGUUCUUCCUUCAUGAGUUGUGUGAGAUACCGAGAACACUUGAUCAUCCUUUUCAUCCUUCGCACCCUCUUCGCUUGCACUAUAAAUGCAGCAGCAACUAUUGCACUGCUUGUGGAGCCGAUAUUUUAUUUCGAACAUCUUUAAGCCCUAGCUAUUGGUGCGAAAUGUGCACCUUCCGCCUUGAUUUUCACUGUGCUAAACUCUUUCCCACCCUAAAACAUAAGUGCCACAACCACCUUCUCACUUAUUUCGGAAAUAUCUGGAUAAAUCGUCAACAAGAACGUUUCCGAUGCAAUGCCUGUCACAAGCUUUGCGGUGCCAAUUUCUAUCGUUGUGUGCCAUGCAAUUUCAACAUCCAUCUUAAAUGUGUUCCAAUACCAUCUUCAGCUAAACAUAGAUAUCACUGACAUCCACUCAUCUUUAUAGACUCGGUUAAAGAAGAUGAUUCCCGGGAAUACUUUUGUGAUGUUUGUGAAGAUGAAAGGAAUCCAGUGCAUCCUAUUUAUUAUUGUGAAAAGUGCACAUAUAUUGCUCACAUUCAAUGUAUUCUCAAUGAGGAUAAAAUUUCAUCUGAGAAGGUCUCACCCUCGGCUCCCCAAUCUAUUCAUAACAAAGCUUUGUUAGUAAAGGAAAUGGAGCAUAAUGAAGGGAUUGAUGGCAUCCACACCCGUCAACAACUUCUGAUUCGACCAAUCAUCCAUGAACAUCCUAUGAGAUUGUUUGAAAAGUUAAAAGAAAAUGAAUACUGCAAUGCUUGUCGUCUGGUACUUAAUGGUCCUUGCUACAUCUGUACAUCAUGCCCUGAUCCUUACCAAGAAGCUGUAGGAACCCAAAAUAAAGACACAUGUUUUGGCUUCAUUUAUCUUUGUGAGGAGUGUAAUUUCAAGCUUGAUGUGAACUGCGCUACUCUAACAGCUCAUAAAAUUGGGGUUUCGCAAAAAAAACAGACGGAGAGAGUAACUGAAUUACACCAUUUCUACCCGCAUAAGCUUGUCCUUGGCAAUUCUAAUGACCCUGUAGGUCAAAUAAGAUGCACAAUCUGUCAACUGCCAAUCUUAGGCCCAGCCUAUUUUUGCCCCAGCCCUAGAUGCAUUUAUGUUGUUCAUGAAUCUUGUCUUGGAUUACCACAAAAGAUGCAAGUCCCAUUUCAUUUGGAACACAUGUUGAUUAUCAGAUUGGAUGACGAAAUAGACUCAGAGUGCUAUGCUUGCCGCCUUCCGCAAUUAAGCAUUGUUUAUUUAAGAUACACUUGUGAACAUUGUGACAUCAAACUCCAUUCUAUAUGUGCUAAUUCCUUAAGGCGGCCAUUUAAAUGUGAGUCCCACAUUCACAAUCUUUACUAUUUUGGGGCAAAUUGUCAGCUACUCUUUGCGCAAUAUUAUAGGAAUGUGUCAGGGGAGCCUCUCUUUCGUUGUAGUGAAUGUCAAAAAGGUUGCGGAGGACCCUUUUAUCGAUGUCUAGAUUGUGCCAUCAAUUUUCAUUUGGAAUGUGUUCUCAUACCUUGUAUUGUAAAAUCUAGAUACCAUAUUCAUUCUUUAACUAUGAAGGUAUCAUUUGUUGAAGAUGAUUCUGGAAAGUAUUACUGCGAUAUUUGUGAAGAAGAAAGAUACUCAAAUGAUCAUGUAUAUUGUUGUGAAGAAUGUAAUGAUCAAUUUGUCGCUGAUAUAGAAUACGUCCUUGCAAAGGUUGAAAAUACUGCAAUAGCGACAUAUGCAUCCUCAAAUUUGGAGUUAGACUUUGCUAAGAACUCUGCCCAGGCAGAGAGCAAAGCUUUAGCUGACACUUGA